ACGUGUGGGCGGAGCUUCGACUUGAGGUCAGAAAAACAAACAUGGCGUGGAGAGGCUGCAUGAUCAAAUGGACCAGAAUAAACCAAAUUCCAGCAAACAAUAUGACCACGCGAGCGUCCAGGCUCGAGCUCUACUGUCAAGGGAGGCGUGGAUUCCGCCGUGACGCUAAAAAGGCAGAAACCGAAAAAGUCGACGUCAACCCUGCAACACAUCCUAACAACGUUUCACCUCCGGCAGCGGCAGCGGCAGCACCGAAGCUGCUCAAGCCUCUGCUCUUCACAAUUGGGUUUACAGGCUGCUCUUUCGGUGCUGCGGCCAUCCUGCAAAACGAGAACAUGAAGCCAAGAGUCCGAACUAUGAGGGACGAAGACGAGCAGUCCGAUCAACUGCUACGGGCUUCCACAGACAUGGCGUACUGGCAUGACUGGUGGAGCCAGCUGACGGCCUUCCAACGCCAGAUCAUCCUCCUCAUGUCGGUGGUGGACGACUUCUGGAGCGGACGCACUGAAGGCCAGAAAACAGUCAUAGGUAUAAUCGUGGCAAACACAUUGGUGCUGUGUUGCUGGAGGAUCCCCUCGCUUCAAAGGAGCAUGAUGAGAUAUUUCACAUCUAACCCCGCCGCCAAGUCUCAGUGCCUCCCCAUGGUCUUGUCCUCAUUCAGCCACUACUCCAUCUUCCACUUGAUGGCCAACAUGUAUGUCCUGUGGACAUUUUCCUCGGGGAUCGUCUCCAUCUUAGGGAGGGAGCAGUUUCUCGCCGUCUACAUGUCAGCUGAAGCAGAAGCAAUGUCCUGUUGUUUCCCUCCAGGCGUUAUUUCCACCAUGUUCAGCUAUGUGUGGAAAACAACCUCUGGACGCAUCUUCCCUUCAUUAGGAGCGUCAGGUGCAAUCAUGGCGGUGGUAGCUGCAGUCUGUUCCAAAGUCCCAGAAGCCAAACUGAGCAUCAUUUUCCUCCCUAUGGUCACUCUCACGGCAGGAACUGCUUUGAAAGCGAUUCUUGCUGUGGAUGCGGCAGGCUUGCUAUUGGGAUGGCAGGUGUUUGACCACGCGGCGCACCUCGGUGGCGCUCUCUUUGGCAUCUGGUACGGAGCCUACGGUCACAAGCUGAUCUGGGGCAAGAGGGAGUCUGUGGUCAAGAUGUGGCGGAGCAUUCGCACUCCUGGCGGUGGCUCGAGGCCUGGAGGCGGGCCCAAGGUGGAUGACAAAAGAGGACCACCCGGACCCAAUUAAAACUGGAUGGGAUCCCCUCUGAAAACGGAAUCAGGGUCCAUAUUAUCCCCCAAGAUAUGCAAAGAGCCUCUUAUCCACAGACAUGGAUGUUAUAAAUAAAUGUUACUUCUCACCUAG